UAGGGAAACAGCGAAUAGGUGCAAAUAGGAAUAGAUUAUAGCACGGAAGUCGGUUUGUUUCAUCGGUACGUCGGUAGCUGCGAUCGAGAUAACUUUUCCCCUCCUUCAGGCGUUUCGUAUACGCUCGCUUCCACUCAUACUCGUUUUAACAUUCCAAGGUUCGAUUCUAUCUAUCGUCUCUUCGACCGACACAGGCCGACACGACACUUGUUCCGUGGUAAGUGUGGCAGUCUGCUGCAGGUACCUUAUAUUGCGUUUCGCGAGACACCACACUACAGGAAACGUCAUCAUGUACGCCUACAGCCGAUUCAUCGCGCCUGUCGCCAAAUCCACCCUGGUCUCUGGUACCAAGACCUAUCUGCGGCCACUAAGCAGUGCCGUCAUCAACCAUAGCCAGUACUUACGGCAGAAUCAAAUUCAGACUCCCGUCAGUUUGUUACCUAUUGCGCGUAGCUUCCAAACUUCUACAGUCAGUCGUGACAUUGAUUCUGCUGCGAAAUUUAUUGGCGCUGGUGCUGCUACUGUGGGAGUAGCAGGAUCUGGUGCUGGAAUUGGAUCUGUAUUUGGUUCGCUGAUCAUUGGUUAUGCCAGGAAUCCUUCCUUGAAGCAACAACUAUUCUCAUACGCUAUCUUGGGCUUCGCUUUAUCCGAAGCCAUGGGUCUAUUUUGUCUUAUGAUGGCUUUUCUGCUUCUAUUCGCCUUUUAAGCCACGAUAUCUGCAUAAGAUAUUGCUGAUAUAGUUUUAGUGCGUCACUGCCAAGACAGCAUCGUCUAGCUCUAUGGUAAAGGCGAUGACUGUCUCUGGUUGCGCGGGAUGCCAUGAAAUCAUUAGAGAAGCUCGGAUUUUUCAUGAUUCGGUAGGAUGCAACGGCGCGACAAUGAGGAAGAAAUAACACACAUCGUUGUACGAACCGCCGUAACUCCAUCCAAGUCUUCAGCUUGUUUAUAAUAAUUUCAUGGCCUAUUGUCUCAUGUAGCGUAUAACUCACAUUGUUAUGAAAUAAUGAAUUUCAGUAUAACAAAUGAAUAAGACAUUGAAAGUUAAAAUUACAAAAAAAGAAAGCGACAGUCUCACCCCGCAAACCCAUAUACGCACGUACGUACUGUGUUAGAGUGUCCUAUGUGACAUAGUACAUUUUUCGAUCUUUUUGUCAUCCGAGGAAUUCAUCAUUGUUAUGCCGCCAUAUACACACGUUAUUGAAAUUAUUCUUAACGAGAAAAAAAAACUGUACAGUAAUACCGAAUAAACAUCUUUGUCGUGAAAUCAUGAA